AUGCCGCCAGCCUGUAAUAUUUUAUUCAAUUCAAUACAUUAUACAGAUUCGAAAGGUGAGGUGAAAGAAAUGCUUUUUCCCAAGGCACUCGACUUAUUUCGCCCAAAACGGCCACGAACAACAUUUACAUCGCAACAGCUUGCCGAACUUGAGCAAGAAUUCCUACGAAAUCCAUAUCUAACUGGAGAUGAAAGGACCAAAUUAGCUGAAAAAUUACAUCUCAGUGACACGCAGGUAACCUUCUAUUUUGGAUAA